CAGUAUUCGAAGAGCCAUCGACAUGAGCUGUUCUUGGUUCGGCGUUUGGCCCUUGGCCGCACUUAUCACAUUAGCAUGGAUCGGGGGUUGCGAGUGUCAGAUCAACUACAGGUUAAGCACCAACUUGAGGCCCUCGCUUUACAGCCUAAGCAUCAGUUUGCGGGACAACACAAUAGUUCCUAAUAGUCCUGCUACGAAAUUCGAUGGCGAGGUCAGCAUUACCUUGCAGACAUCACUUGCGGAUGUGAAGGAAAUCACCCUACACAAGGAUGUGACACUUACCAUCAUACAGUGUGUGCUCUAUGACGCCGCUGGCAAGCAGGUCGAAGAGGUUAACAACGCCAGACUAACUUCUGUAGAGGAAGCACAGCAACUGACUGUGGGUCUGAAUCAGGCCUUAACUGCCAAUGUAACCUACACUUUGUUCUUCAAGUACUUCGGAAACAUUCAGACUGAUACUGUAGGUCUGUUCUCCGCAAGCUAUAUCGACGAGGCGGCCAUGCAGACCAAGUGGGUGCUCUUAACUCAGAUGCAGCCCAUCAACGCGCGCUUGGUCUUUCCCUGCUUCGACGAGCCGACCUUCAAGGCCAAAUUUCAGCUAAGCAUCACCCGACCCGAUAGCCUACAUGCUAUCAGUAAUACGAAGCUGGAGAAAACGACGAGCGAGGGAAAUAAUCGCUUUACCGACCACUUCGAGGUGACACCCAUAAUGUCCCCAUAUUUGUUGGCGUUUGUGGUCUCCGAGUACCAGAUGCGAGGCAACAGUACCCUCUCCAUUCAUACCCGUCCGGCGUACAACCAGUACACGGAGUUCAGCUACUCUGUCGCCAAGCGUGUACUGCCAGCAUAUGGGGAGUUGUUCCAGCAGCCUUAUCAAGAACUGGGCAACGAUGUACUACAAUAUGCAACCACUCCACGUCUUUCCCAAAUCAGCGCUAACAACUGGGGACUGAUCAUUGCCAAGGAUAAUGUUUUUGUGGAGCAGCCCGGUAUUACCGAUGGAUGGUUGCACAAGGAGCUUACUAUUCGCAACAUUGUGCAGGAGAAUGCCCACAUGUGGUUCGGCAAUAGCGUAACCUGCCUUUGGUGGAGCCAUAUUUGGCUGCACGAAGGGUUCGCGCGUUACUAUGAGUACUUCAUGGGACAUCAACUUUAUCCCGAUUAUCAGCUCGACCAGCAAUUCCUCGUGCAAACUCUACAUCAGGCGCUUUUAUUCGAUUCUCAAAAUAUCACUCAGCCAAUGACCAGCGCACAAGUGAACAUUAAUACCCCAGAGGAUAUCAAUUAUAAAUUUGAGAGAAUCGCUUUUGCGAAGGCAGCUAGCGUAAUCCGCAUGUUGAGCAUCUUAAUGGGCGAGGAAAACUUUAAAACAGCAAUCCGAAACUUCCUUAAGGAAUACCGUUUGAGUACCGUUACACCCCCUAUGUUAUAUGUGCAUCUUACGGAGAACUGGCCCAAGGAACAAGAUGUCACAUUAAACUCAAUUUAUUACGACUUUAAUAUAAAAGUGGGCUACCCAAGGAUUAUAGUCAGCCUCGAUGAGGAUAAUCAAACAUUUCGCUUUAAGCAGACACGCUUCUUGUUAAACAGCACAGAUGGCAGCAAUCCCAACUUGCGAUACACAACGCCCAUCACAUGGACCACAAAUCUUGGCCGUAAUUUUCAGAAUCUAACACCCAACUUUUAUUUCGAAAGCGACGUGCCUUUUUAUUGGGGCCAUAUGAACCAACCAAUUGACUGGAUCAUCGUCAAUAUAAAACAAGCAUUCUACUACAGAGUACACUAUCAGCCACCACUUCUAGGGCGGAUUCAAAAAGCCUUGAUCAAGGCUGAUCACAGUGAAAUCCCCGUUGAGAAUCGAGCUGCUAUCAUUGAUGAUCUGUUUAACUUCGCGCUCGCUGAAUUGAUUGAUUACGUCGAGGUCUUCGAGUUCAUGGAGUACAUGAGCACAGAAACCGACUAUAUUCCCUGGUAUGCUGCCUACGUGGGAUUGGAGAAGGUGGCGAGGCGCCUGACCCCACAGCAGUUGCCCAAUUUCAAGAAGUAUCUCAGCGACAUCACAGAGGCGGUGCACGCCAAGCUGGGCGUGAGUUGGAGUGCCAGCGACAAGGUGUUGGAUGUCUACAACCGCAACCAGCAGGUGUCAUGGCUCUGCAAGUACCAAACCUCCAAUUGCACUGCGCAGGUGCUGGAGAAGUUCAAUGGCUCAGAAAAGCCAUCGCCAGACUAUCGGGAGACCUUUUACUGUGCAGCCGCCAGAACAGAUGGGUACGAUCGAGUCUUGGAGCUAUAUAAGAAGGAAACCAACUACAUAGAUCGAGAGAUCUACUGGCGCGCCGCCAGCUGUACGAGGGACUAUCGGACGCACUACCAGAACGAGAUCUUGGGCCAGGGCAACAGCGUGGACCUCAAGAUGGUUGGCCUAGCGCAGCUCUAUGAACAGAAUCCGGACCUGGUGACGCCCAUCUUCCAAAUGGUAACCGAGAACAUUUCACAGCUGAACGAUGCCUUGGGCUUCAACUGGGCAAAGACCGCUCAGGCUCUGAGCGACAUGGCGGAGUACUUCACCACUCGGGAGCAGCAGCAGCUCUUUUCUAACUUCUACAAGCAAAGCCACACAUCCUUCGGCAGUUCCGCGGAAACACUCAACCAGGCACUGACCAAAGUAGAGGCGAACGUGCAAUGGGCGGAGCAGCGCUUGGGCAAGUUGGUGAAUUUCCUAGCCCAGAGAAAUGGAGCUGGUGGAUUGGCGUUGGCUUCUUCGUUGGUGUUGUUAAAAUAAAAAAAAUAUAUAUGUAUAUUUGUUUUUUAGAAUAGCAAGAUUAUAAGUCAAUUGGUACAAUUAAGAUUGUUAAUAUAUCUAAGACAGUCGAGG